AUAUUGUAAAAGUGUGGUGGAACGUGGGGCUUUUACAAAAUGAGUGAAAUACCAAUGUUUUAUAGAUUUUCUUUGUGGUGCUUCAAGUGUGGUGAUAAAUUUUGCUGAGAUUGUUUAAUUUUGUGCUAAGACGAACAAACUUUGUAACGUAUAGGUUAUGUGCUAAAGUGUUCAUAAAAAAAACAAAAUGUGCCAGAAGAACCGCCACCCGAGGAUGCCCAACUGGCUCAGGGAGAGAAAAAGUUAAGCGACAACAUCUUGGCAGUGCUAGAGCACUACAAACAACCGGAUCCAGUAGGGCUGCCUGGCGCCGAAGUCCCCGAUCCAUACCCCGUCCCCGACAUGAAGCAGCCCUUCUCUUUCGCUACUAUGUACUUCAAAAAUACCGCUGUCUAUGGCAUUAGCAAGUUUCGUAUCGUGUAUGUCAACACUGAAAUAUCCGCUAUGCAGGUUCAAGCUGCUCUCACCAUUGACCAAUUGCAAGCGCGUGGUAACUACACAAUGUCAACAUGGUUAAAUACCGCCAAAGGUCCCUUCACAGUCGACGUCACCGGCCUCGAGAUCAAAGCCAGGGCAGGCCUCGGCGUGGAACGAGAUGGAAAGCUGAGGGCGCAGGACAUUGUUAUCGACCUAUCGUUCAAAACCAUCACCGUCAACUUCGAGAACUUAGGAUUUUUCGGAGGAAUGUUCCAGGGGAUCAUUAAUUCUGUGGGAUCGGUCCUCUUUGAUUCCAUCAAACCUUAUGUCCUUAAAGAAGCAUACACAAAAGCCAGGACCGAAAUUAACACCAAACUUGAUGAAAUAGCUGGCGAUAUACAAUUCCCUAAUUCAAUAUCACCCCUCGACAUGGUCAUUGCUGAUCUGCGAAAAAAAGUACGUGAUAUGGAAUUGGAUCCGUAUAAAGUCAAAAAUUAUAACACUUCUGUAAGUGUUUUUGACGUGAAAUUGACUGAAACAUGGAUAACUGGUAUUUCAUCAUUCCAAAGAGUUGGUAACAUCACUCUCAAAAUGGAAAAUAACACUGCUGUAGCUGAUUUUGAAAUAGGAACACAAAAAGUGGAAGGAACCACUCGGUGGGAAAUUUCUGCUGUCAGUGGUUUGAUGUCAAGAGGUGGUACAGCAUCUUUCUCAGUAGAGUAUAUAAGUGCAAGAUUUAUCAUGGGACAACCUCUUGACGUAAGAGAAAAGCCAGAAUUCCGAAAUUUGGAACUCGAAAUAGGUAACAUCCAAGUGAGAUGCAACGGAGCUGGUACAAUUGACUACGCGAUCGAGUUUGUCGUCAACAUAUUGCCGAAUUUGCUGCGAUACCAAAUAAUGGAUGCUAUCGAAGGUCCCCUAAAGGAAAAGAUGCAACAAGAACUGGACAAAAUUGAGGUCGAACAAAUGAUAAAACAAAAAUUGCCAGAAAUGGAUGAAUUGCAGAAAAGUGGUUUUAAACUCUCAGCCAUCAUGGGGACAGAUCUAAAAGAUGAAUCGUAUGACGAAGACGAGUUUUUUAACUUUUAAAACAAGGGACAGGUGUUUGGGAAAUAUCAAAGAAUUACUUAAAAUUUUAUAAAUGUCACCUUUUUUCAAUAAUUUGUAAUAUAGUCGAGUAUGAUUUUGAAAUUCUAGUUAUAUAAGUUAUCUCUUAAUAGUGAUUAUAGACUCAUAAUACGCACUUUAAACCUAACGCAGAAAAAAUGGUACGAAGCUAUUCAUUUCAAGUUCAUACAAGAACGAUAACAGGGAACUAAUAAACUUUAAAAAAAUAUGUGCAUCAUAAUAUUUCGACUGCGUCACGGCAAUAUUUACAUGAUCUUUUAUAUAUUUGCUUUGAGCCUGUGAGGAUCACACUGCUGCUAUGUUUCGUUAACCAACAUUAUGUUAGAUGUAAAAAUUCUUUGUAUAAAAGUAAAUAUUUUUUAAUGUGGUUCUAAAUAUAGUUGACGUUGUUAGAAAUACAAUAAUUGCUGAUUAAAUAUUUAUUUCGAAGCCGGGGAUUUUCCUCGAAAACCCGUUGUCGCUAAAUGUCGACUAUUUUAAAAAUAUUUUUCCUUUUGAAGUUUAGUUCGACCACCGCCAUGCACAGUCAGGGCGUUCGUUAUUACGAAAGAAAUUUAAAGAUUUCUCUAUAAAAAAAUUUGCUUAAAGAGUAAUACGACUUGCAAAAAGCUAAGUUAUACGAGUUAGGCUAAACUAUCUUAGUUUAGCUUUUGGUCUACAACAACCAUAAUAUAGUCCGUUUUGGACAGUUUUUACUGUUCUAUGGUUUUGACAAAAUAUGUUAAUUUUGAAUUCUAUGUAUUCAUUUUAGUUAUUUUCUCAGAAAUCCCAAAUCCCAUUCCCAAAUGAAAGUACAAUUAAGAACCAUUAACAAGAUUCACAAUAUUGUUUGCCAUUACAGAACAAUAUAUAACCACAAUAAUUAUGUAAUCUAUAAGGAAAAAAUAUUUUU